CGUGAAGAUAAAUUGCUUGUAUUUGGAGGGCCAAGAAAAGUGAAACAUGGUAUUGUUAAAAACUCAACCUGUUGAGCAAACCAUAGUAAAAUUUACCAAUACCAACCCAGUUGUUUCUAUCCCCAGACCUUUAUGUCAACAGGAGCACCAAAUGCUGGUGUAUAUGUAAUUAUAUUACUAGUGUUUUGCCUUAUUCCAAAUUAAAGUUCUCGUCUGACAGUAUGGCACUCAAACCAGAGCUCUUUAUAUAAUCUUCAUGGUAUGCUCCUGCUUGAAAAAAGGAAAAAACCCAACUUGUGUCGCUGUAGAUGCGAAGAGCCCUCCUCCUCUGGCCGCUACAAGACUGCUCCUCUGGGCGCGUUCGCUUUGCAGUACAGACACUCGAGUCUCCCUCUGACCGGUGCGCACUGCGCUCCGCAGCCUGACGGGGGUUACACACUAACCGCACCCACCUGACCGAACACUGCGUUCAGGGGUCUCCGCUAAACCCAUCACCAUGCACAAGGGCUGGAAGAAGUACUUCGGCCAGAAGUCACUGAAUGAAGUAACAAUGGACGAGUAUCUGGGGAGCCUGGGACUGUACAGGAAACUUACAGCCAAGGACGCGUCCUGCCUCUUCAGAGCGGUGUCCGAGCAGCUGUUCUACUGCCAAAUUCACCACAAUGAGAUCCGGAAAAUAUGUGUAUCUUUCAUGAGGAAGAAUGAAAAGCUCUUUGAUUCUUAUGUAGAAGGUCCUUUUGAGAAAUAUCUGGAGCGAUUAGAAGAUCCAAAGGAAAGUGCUGGUCAACUUGAAAUAAGUGCGCUUUCAUUAAUUUUCAAUCAAAACUUUAUACUGUACAAAAGUCCUGGAAAACCACCUACAUAUGCAACUGAUCACAACUGUGAUGGAAAGAUAAUGUUGUGCUGUUCCACCAAUGGUCACUAUGACUCUGUGUUCACUAAAACUUUCCAAACAACUGCUGCUAUUUGUCAAGCUGUUCUCUAUGAAUGUCUAUACAGAGAUGUGUUUGGUGUGGACGAGCGAGAGUUGAUAGCUGCUGUUGAGCUUUUUCGAAGUGGCACAAAGAAGAAUCGUAACAGUGCGUCCACUGGCAGCGAAGAUGCAAAUUAUGACUCUAAUCCUGAUCAUAACAAGGCAUCAAAUGACAGCAGGGCAGAUGAAUGGGAAAAGAAAGAUUGUGAAAACACCACAGAGGAGAUGGCAAAGCACAACACAGAGGAAUCCAAGGUAGCUGAAAACCCAAACAAAAUGCCAUUUCCAUACAAGGUUUUAAAGGCGCUUGACCCAGAAAUCUACAGGAAUGUGGAGUUUGAUGUCUGGCUGGACAGCAGAAAAGAACUGCAGAAAACAGAAUAUAUGGUGUUUGCAGGAAGGCACUAUUGUUUGGGUGACAAAUGUCAGGUCCGUUUAGAGCCUGGUGGACGUUACUACAAUGCUCAUAUACAGGAAGUUGGGCAGGACAGCAACUCUGUAACUGUGUUCAUUGAAGAGCUGGCUGAAAAGCACAUUGUCCCACUUGUCAAUUUAAAACCAGUAACCCAGGUAAUCCCUGUCCCUGCAUGGAAUUCAUCCAGUAAUCGGAAAGGAACCAACUACCAGAGAAUAGCAGCAGGUUACAGCAGUGACAUAGAGCUUGACCUCAAAUCAAGGAAGAGGCUGUUCAAGAAAGUAUGUGGAAAGGAGAAUCCAGCAAAUAUAGCAUCUUAUGAAAAUUUUCGACCUCCUCAAUCUCCGCAUCGUCAAAGUCGAGGCUUUGGUAUUCCAAAGUCUUCACCUCGCUACAUUAACAGACAUGCAAUUAUGAGUCCAGAAAUAUCCUUUUACAAUAGUCCUGGAAAGAGGUGUUACCAGAAUUUUGAAAACUAUUCCUAUAGAACUAGGUCAUAUACGCGGAGCAGAAGGCAGAUGCCAUGUGUAAAUAAAGAGUGCCAGUUUCGAUUUGUGCCUGACAGAGAUGAGGAGCAGCGAGGCAUGGAUGACACCAUAACUUACUAUGAGAUUGAUGAAGGCGAGGAAGCAGCCUUUCCAAGUUUGUCUAAUCCGGGUAGCCCAAUAGUUCCUGCUCCAGGUUAUUGGGUUGCUAGGAGCAAUCCCAGCCCUAUUGGCCCUGGCAAGCAACAUUUGAAUUCAUCAGAGGAUGAGAUUGAAGAGCCCAGUGAUAACGGAGAUUAUCAUACAGACUUCAUGUAUGCUUCAGAUGGUGCAUUCGAGAGCUCUUCUAUGUAUAGUGCGACCGAAUCUGCUCAAAAUCUGUCUCUACAUGAUGAUGUUUCCCGGGCCAUGCCUUCUCAUGAAGAUGUGACUUCAUAUAAGUAUUCAGAGCAGGUUACGUCCGUGAUUUCAUCCUCCUGCGUGAAUGCUGCACCUGCAACAGUCAUCUCCUCAAGUUCUGCUGUGGUUAUGCCAACCACAGUCACCUCCACUGUCCUCCCACAGACGGCAGUGCAGCCAAUACUAAUGUCUCCGCCUCCUGCUGUAAGACCAGCUCCACCUGGUUCUGGUGAGAUGGGAGAUUGCACCGUUCCUCUGCCACCUCCGCCUUAUUCCUGUGACCCAAGUGGCAAUGAUCUGCCUAGAGACACAAAAGUUCUACAGUAUUAUUUUAACUUGGGACUGCAAUGUUAUCAUCAAAGUUUAUGGCACUCCUUGGUCUAUGUGCAACCGGUACCAACACCACCACAUAUUGAGCCUUUCCAAGGCUUUCCAGAACCAGUACCUAUAGUUGACCAAAACGUGCCUACAGUGUACAAUGAUAGCAGACCAGUGGCACUAGAAGCUGGCGGCCCAUUUCAAAAUGUGGAUUCACUGCCACCCCCUGCUGGACCAGUGUAUUACCCUUUGGUACCCGAUCCAUAUAACCAGCCUCCUUUACCUGGUUUUGACUCGUGUGUAUCUGUUGUGCCUACAUAUCAUUAUGUAGGACCAUGGCAUACUAUAAGUCCCCCCUACAACAAUUCACCUCGGAUACAUAAUACAGUGAAUCCCAGUCACAUUCACCAAGUGAGUUACAUUGCGGCACCACCACCUGCACAUUUUGUACCCCAGACUAUAUGAGAGGAGAUGAUGACCUCUAGGCUCCGCUGUCAUCUUGGUACUAGAACGUGGCUGAUCCUUUUGUGGAGGACAGAGCAGUUGUUUCUUACUUACACAGGUUUACAAUGGCACUAACCAUGGGGUGUGAGGACUAGAUGUAGGGAAGUUGGGAGUUCAUUUUUACCUUAUUGAUAAAACCAGGGCUGCUGUUUUUCUGAUUGGAAUAUCACACGGCUGUCACACUUGCUGCUGAAGAAUUCUCUGCAUUGACGGUCAUUGGACCUGCUGACAUGCUGCUCCCGGACUCAUUCUACCUCAUCAUUGUUUUAAUCAAUGGGUGGCACUUUGUAGAGAUCAUCAGUAGUUGCAUCACAGGAGUACUUAUUCAAUGUUUUGCUCAGAAUACCGAAAGCGCUGUUGGACUAUAAGUCGUAACUGCGAUUGCUAAACGAACUGUUUUUUUUAAUAUGCCAGUUUACGCCUUUUAGUACUGAAGCAUUACAUGAUUAGGAAUGUGUUUUUUGUUCUAUGUUGGUACUUGUGUUUGUUUGUCACAUUAACACAAUAGGUGAUUUAACAUGUGUUUGUUCACUCUCACAAUAAAUAAAUGAAAGCAUAAAAAACCCUUGA